AUGUCAGAAGCCACUCAAAAUGGACUAACAGUGGGUUUUAUCGUCAUGAUAUUUACUGAUUUGAUUGGAAAUACGUUAGUUAUUCUCACUGUAUUCAAGACUCCGGCAAUGAGAACACCUAUGAAUUACUUGCUAGUAAAUCUAGCCGUUGCUGACAUCACUGUGGCAAUAUUCAUUGCACCAAGGUACAUCUUAAGUCGUUUGUACACCCAUCCGACAGGAGUUACUGGAACAUACGUAUGUAAAUUGCUGACAGGUGAGGUGUUCACCUGGGUGGGUGCCCUGUGUUCAGUCUACACCCUCGUUGCCAUCUCCAUCGAGCGAUACUACGCCGUCAUGAAACCACACAGUAGUAAAGCACGGUUUACAAUGAACAAGUUCAAACUUACUGCUGCAGCAUGCUGGAUCACUACCAUGGUUUGUCUGUACGCAAGGGUUACCUACAAACUUUGGUUCAAACCAAACGACCAGUCCUCUUCCACUCAACAGGGAACUAUCAAAGCACGCAAACACGUGACCAAGAUGGUAUUGACAGUGUCAAUCAUGUUCUGUAUCACGUGGAUGCCAAAUAUAGUCRUAUAUCCAGUGUCUGCGCACAGCGAGACACCGCUGUACGGUGGUAUUCAUAUCAUGUCGAUUGUAUUUGUGACAUUCAACUCAAGCAUCAAUCCCAUAAUAUACAGUUUGCAAUCCAGCAUGUUUAGAAAGAACUUAUGGCGCGUUGCAACGUGUGGGAAACAUCAGAUUCGAGAUCACGACUCGUCGGCGGGAAACAGCACUGCGCGAACMAACGCGUCCACAUCGGGUACUUGGGCUAUCAAGGUCAAGCCUAAACAUACUAACGACAUGRCUUUGGUGGAUUGCUGAAUUAUGACCAUAAAAUCGCCAGAUUAUCAUCAAUUGAAUCGCUAUCAUCAUCAUCAUAUCUGAUCAUAGCAGCAUUUAAGCAGUAUCAAUAGUGUGAUUUUGUAACACAAUAAUUAUUCAAUAAUUGAUAU